AUGUCCCAAUUCAUACCUUACCUUCCCAUCGCUUUGUUCGCAGAAUCUCUUCGCUUGCGAAAAUCACUCUUACAUGCCGUUGCUAGCCCAGGAACCCCAAUCACUGCAGUUACUGGUUGUAUCAAAGAUAUCGACUUGUUAUGGAACUUUUCCACAAAGGAUCUCCUAGCGAGCUCGGAUGGAUCUUCCUGGGUGGCGACCAGCCGACGUCACGGCAAUAAUUUUCCACUCGUUAACACUGCACUACUCACACAACUCGGCUUGAUUGGUCGCUCACGAGAAUCGACUGAAGUGAACGAAGACGCGCAUCGCUCGACUGUGUUACAUAUCACAUAUGUUACACCGCUCGAGAAGCCUCCAGCCACCGACUCCGGGUGGGCUCGAUUGUGGCUGUACCUGGAGAUCACCAUCUUACUGGUAAUAACGAUUGAAAUGUACAAGUGUGCCCUAUAUUCCGGCGCGCUUGCGCUUAUAUGCAUGACACUGGGGAUCCUUUUACUCAAGAUCAUUCAAACCUACACUAGUUUCGUAUUCGGAAAUCGACAAGCGAUUGCUCUGGACUCGCAGCUCACCACCAAGAGCGGCGCCGCCACCGACGUUCAUGUUGUAGCCGAAAACUGGAACGCGACAGAGCUUGACGUCCUUGUUGGAUACUCAUCACACUUGCGCGCGCUCACGAACAUUGUGGUUCAAGUACGGCAUCGGAAGCUUCUUCGAACAAUCUGUCGAUCACUAUUGAUAGUGCUUGCAAUCCAAGCAGCUGCACUGGCUAGCCUGUCUGGAGAGUCUCAAAAUCGUGAGAGAGUUCCUUCUACUCUAGUCUGGCUAUCUUGCUAUUUGGUUCUUCAGUUGCCACGCCAGAUAUUUCUGAGACAGCAUCCCUCCGCAAUGUUGCAAGAUUUACCAACCGAGGUUCAUAAAGCAGAGCCUCUCGUGUUCCCCUCACGACGGACGGCACUAGCAUUCAUCGGAGCUAUGCCGAUGACAGAGCCACGUGCAGGACAUUGGGAUUGGCUUGGAGGGUUCGUGCCUGCAAAUAAGAACAGGCAGCAAUUGGAAAACCUGAGUGUAGGGGCGACCCUAAUGGCAGGGUUCAGUGACAUGGAGACAGGGAACUUGACAGACCAGAAAACAAAGACUAUGCUAAAGAGCAUACACACCGCAAGAUCUAGUAGCAAUUACCAGCAGCUGUCCAAGGCGUUUUGCGUUGAAGUAGGACUUCUCUAA